AUGCUCACAGAACUUGUCAAGUGUACCGUGCAAGAUAUCCUGAACGACCUGAAUCGAUAUCUUGAAGCUUGUGUGCAAGCCAAUGGAGCAUUGGGAGCUGGCACCGCUCUGGGCUGGUCGGCUAAUAUCUCGCAGGACCUGAAGCAGGGAAAACUGAACGAUUUUAAGAUGGACGACGACCAGCUCGGUUGGGCCGGUUCCAGCAUGACCCUCGGAGCCAUGGUGAUGUGUUUCCCCAUAGGAUGGAUCUCUGACGCUAUCGGCAGGAAACCCACCGUGUUACUCACCGUGUUCCCCUUCGUCAUCGGAUGGCUGUUAAUCAUUUUCUCGCAGCACGUAGCCAUGAUAUACGCGGGAAGGUUCUUGACCGGCGUGGCGGGGGGAUCUUUCUGCGUCACCGCGCCUCUGUACACGAGCGAGAUAGCGGAAACUGAGAUUCGAGGAAGGCUAGGUACGUUCUUCCAGUUGUUCAUAACGAUUGGCAUUUUGUACGCUCAGGUUUUUGGAUACGCUGUGCCGAUGGUGGUAUUUCAUUACCUAAUGUUAGCGGUGCCAAUCGUUUUCGGAAUAGUUUUCCUGUUCCAAUCGGAAACGCCUGUUUAUAUGAUCAGGAAAGGAAAAGUCGAUAAGAUACCGAAAGCAUAUAAAAAAUUUCGAGGAAAAGACUACGAUCCCUCCGAAGAGAUCAAAACCAUACAAGAGCAAAUGGCCUCAGAAGCGGAGAGUGCUGGAUUUUGGGAGACUCUGAAGACCAAGGCCGCUAUAAAAGCAACGCUGAUCUGCUUCAUGCUGAUGUUCUACCAGCAAUUGUCCGGCAUCAACGCCGUCAUCUUUUAUGCGAAGGAAAUUUUCACGUCCGCCGGAUCUAGCUUAGAGGCACAUUGGUGCGUUAUCAUCAUCGGUAUCGUCCAAGUGAUCGCCACAGUGUUCUCCUCGUGGUCCAUUGAGUUGCUCGGAAGAAAAAUUCUGCUGAUGGCAUCAUGCGCCUUAAUGGCCCUAUCUACCGCUCUAUUAGGAUUGUUUUUCUCUCUGAAGAACUACGAGGCUCUCGAUAAAUAUGGAAUUCAAGAUAUAGGCUUCCUCCCCAUCCUCUCUCUUAUAAUAUUCAUCAUAGCGUUCUCGAUCGGACUGGGACCUAUACCAUGGCUGGCUUCCUCGGAAAUAUUUCCUCCGGAGAUUAAAGCAAAAUGUGGUUCGGCCGCUGCCGUGUUCAACUGGUUUCUGGCCUUUAUCGUAACAAAAUUCUAUUUGAACGUGGCGUCAGCCAUCGGUAACGACAUUACCUUUUACUUUUUCGCUAUUGUGAUGGUAACUGGAAUAUUUUUCGUACUAUUUAUAAUUCCAGAAACUAAAAACAAAACUUUCGCAGAAAUACAGAGCGAACUCUCAGGAAAAUAA